AUGCCAGAGCCAUCUAAAUCUGCUCCAGCCCCUAAAAAGGGUUCUAAGAAGACCAUCACUAAGGCGCAGAAGAAAGACGGGAAGAAACGCAAGCGUAGUCGUAAAGAGAGCUAUUCCAUUUACGUAUACAAAGUUUUGAAGCAGGUCCACCCAGACACCGGUAUCUCAUCCAAGGCCAUGGGUAUCAUGAACUCGUUCGUCAACGACAUCUUUGAGCGCAUCGCGGGUGAGGCGUCGCGCUUGGCGCAUUACAACAAGCGCUCCACGAUCACAUCUAGGGAGAUCCAGACGGCUGUGCGCCUACUGCUCCCUGGGGAGCUGGCCAAGCAUGCUGUUUCCGAGGGCACCAAGGCCGUUACCAAGUACACCAGCUCCAAGUAA